ACCGCGGCCUGGGGACCCCGCUAUGGCCGGGGAACUCUCACCACAACCUGGACACCUUGUGUGGCCUGGGGACACCCACUGUGAUUCAUGGCUCUCAGCCCUCAUUUGUGCCUUGGUGACUCUCACCAAGGCUUCAGGAUCCCAACCGUGGCCUGGGGGCUCUGCCAUGGCCUAGGGAUCUCCACUGUGUCAUGGAGAAUUCCUUGCUCUGGGGCACCUCGGGCUUUUGGGGAUAUCCCGCCAUGUGUGACAGCCAGCGGAUGCCCAGCAGGGCACAGGAGGUGCUCUGGGAACUCUUUUUUCUGGCAAUUUCCUGACAGUGAGUCAUGGUGGUGCCACUCUCGGCCACAGCAGCUGUGCAGGGCUGGAUGGUACUUUCAGGAAGUGAAACGGGUGCCAGGAAAACACCCCAACAGCCCAAGUCCACGCAAGCCCGGCCACGCACAUCCCCUGGCCCUCCCAGUGUGGUGCAAUCUCCAGCACACCGGAUGGACACGAGGAUGAGAAGAGCCCCUAAAGGCCAUGUCUCUGAAGGCCAUGUCCCCAUGGUGGCACGAGUGGGCACAAGAAACUGAGCAGACAGCGGGGUCCUGCACCCACUGGUGUUGGGGCAGUGAGGACAAGAGGGGUGACAGAGGAGGCACAGCUGGCCAUGGCACCAGGGGUCUGGGCAGUACGGGAGGAAGCUGUGGGGAAAUGGUGGAGUGGCAGCACUUGCACCACUGGCCACUUCCGGGCACCCACAACCCCCGGCCCUGACACCGAUGGGUGUCACCACAGCUGGGCUGGGGCUGGCUUUGGGUCUGGGGUCAGAGCUGGCUCUGAGUGAGUCCAGCUCCCUGCUGGGUCAACCAAAUGGCAGACUGGCACACGGUCACAGGCCCCACACAUCAACCCCGAACAUCCCCUCUGCUCUCUGCCCCACACGCCAGCCCUGGAGCAUCCUUGUGCUCUGCCCCACAGCCCAGCUCCAGGUCAUCCCCUGCUCUGACCCAUAUCUGGAAUAUUCCCUGCUCUGCUCCAUGCUCUGCCUCCCCACUGCACUGCUUGGGGCAAUCAACCCCCACCUUCCCAAGCCCUCCAGUCUCAACAGAGUAAUUGGGCAAAACCGAGCGUUGCGAAACCUGGAAAUCCCACUCUGACGGCGCUUCCUUCUAGAGGCUCUUGAAAACCAGCCACGCUGACAGCGGGCUCAGAGAGCAGCCAAGCAGCACUGCAGGCAGGACAGGCAGCAGCAGGCAGCCAAGCGCCUCGGAAGUUUGCAGGUGCUGAGAAGUCUCUGCCCAGGACUCUGCAGUCAGUGGCGGCAAUGGCAUUCGUCCCUGAUUUGGACACACUGGAGAGCAGCAGCCUGAACGAGGAGACGUUGUAUGGCCCCAGCUGUCUGUGCCUGCAGAAGAAGCCCCGACUGGAUUUGGAGGGGACAUCGCCUGGGGUGGACAUCCAGGUGACGGUGACAAAAGGACCCCUUUCCAGGACCUUUCGCCAGGCUGCCAUCCUGGUGGUUGCUGUGACCAAGCUCCAAAAGCAGCUGACAACCAAGGACUUUGCUGACAGUGACCUUGGCAGCUUCUUGGAUGAUAUUUUCGAGCCCAUCUCCUUCCAGCACAUCAGAGGCACUUACACCAGGGCACCCGUUUUCCGCUACACUCGCUCCCAGUCCUUCGACAUCCUGGACAUCGACCACAAGUGCUUCGUACUGGAGUCACCCACCCAGCUGGUGGCCCUGCACCUGCAGGGACCCUCUGCUGGACAGAAAGUGAAGCUCAACAUUGCUCUGUACCGCCCUCGGUCAUCUCAGGGCACUCCAGGGUCUGGAAAGAUGCCGGUGGCAUUGGGCAUCAAGGGCUACCAGCUCUACAUGUCAUGUGUGAUGAGUGGCACCAAGCCCGUGCUGCAGCUGGAGGAAGCUGACAUCAGGAGGGAUAUUGAGAGCGUGGAGCUGACCCGCUUCAUCUUCUACCGCCUGGACAGCCCAGCUGAGGGCACCACCCGCUUCGAGUCGGCCGCCUUCCCCGGCUGGUUCGUUUGCACAUCGCUGCAGCCCCGCCAGCCCGUGGGCAUCACCAACACCCCAGACCAGGUGAACAUCGCUACCUACGAGCUGAGUGGGCGCUGAAGACCCUGCACCAACCCAACCGGCAGUCACCGGUUUUCAGGCUGUAUGUACUAAGUACAACCCCUGGGACACGACCCCCCCUCGCCAUCUAUUUCAUGUGAAAUAGCAGCUCUGGGCCCCAUGGGCUCGAGCCAUCCCAGUCUAUAUUUAUUUAUUUAUUGUGUCUGCCCAUUGCUUUGGUACUUAUUUAUUGUGCCCCCUUAUUUAUUUUUGCUUUUAACUUGUAUGUGGAUGGAGGCGGA